AUGUCGGAAAUGAUAUUAUGUGAGACGCCGGCCCGAGAGGCAUCUGUUCGGAAUAAACGCAGAACAGCUCCUCUCGAGCCUGGCGACAGCGACAGCGACACGCCUGUCGCAGAGAUGCGAACACGCCAGACUGUCAAGCUCGAAAAACUUGACAAGGAGCAAUGUCAGCGUCAAGCGGAGUCGCCAACACAACAAAUGAAACCGGAAACGAAGGCGCCUUCAAAUGAAGCCAGUGGGGGUUCGCAACUGCCCACUUACGGACUGUGUCAUGGCAAUCAACAAGGAAUUACGAAUGUGGCUCCCACAAGCUAUUCGAAUCCGGAUGGCCGAGCCAUUUCACAAGGAGCUGUAGCUCACCACGGGGUCGGUGUGCCAACGCAAUCUUUUUCACAUGGAAGUAGGCAACCCCGUCUCGGUUUACCGCCGGCAACGGAAUCUUCGGUGGCCAAACUCGACAGCGGUGUCGUUGAUGGCGUUUUCAUCGAUGCCACACCUGCAGAUGAGGGACGCAACGAUGUGUCUGGACAAAGUUGUAGCAUCGUCGAGAAUCGAUCCUGA